AUGUCACCACCACAAGCCACGCCCCUCCAAUUCGACCCCUCGCGGACCCAGCCGCCCUACCCGCUGCACCCAUCCAUCGAACCGCGCCUCGACCCCGUCUACCGCGACUUCUACAACGCCCACAUCUUCGACAAGCAGCAGGUGCACCUGCAGCCCGUCGCCGCGUCCCGCACCUCGGGCGUGCUGAUCCCCGGCGGCGGCGCCGCGCCCCCCGUCGGCAGCGUCCGGGAUUACAGCAUCAAGCGCCAGGAGACGGACGGCCCGGACGUGAGGGUGAGGACCUUCACGCCCGAGGGCGAGGCCCCCGCCGCCGGCUGGCCCGUCGCCGUGUGGUACCAUGGCGGCGGGUGGGUGCUUGGGAAUAUCGAUACCGAGAAUACGGUCUCGGCGAACUUGUGCAGCAGGGCGCGUUGGGUCGUCGUGAGCCCGGAUUAUAGGCUCGGUCCCGAGCACCCGUACCCGGCCGCCGUGCACGACAGCUGGGAGACGCUGCUGUGGCUGCAAGGCGAGGGCAAGGCGCUGCUCAACCUCGACCUCGGGAAGCAGGUCGUCGCCGGCUCGUCGGCCGGCGGGAACCUGGCCGCCAUCGUGGCGCAGCGGGCGCUCGCGCGGGGCGGCGCGCCCCCGCUGCUGGCCCAGUUCCUGUGCGUGCCCGUCACCGACAACACGGCGGAUACGACCAACAGCGCGUCGUGGAAGGAGCUGGAAUUCACACCCGCGCUGCCCGCCAAGAAGAUGCUGUGGUAUCGCUACCACUAUUUGCCGAAUAAGGAGGACUGGGCGCAUCCGGAGUCUUCGCCGCUGCUGUGGGAGGGCGAUUGGAGCAAGCUUCCGCCGGCGAUUGUGACGGUCGGCGAGCUCGAUGUGCUCAGGGAUGAGGGCGUGCAGUUUGCCGAGAAGCUGAGGAAGGCGGGUGUCGAGGCGGAGCUCCAUGUCAUGAAGGGCAUGCCCCAUCCGUUCUUGGCUAUGGAUGGCGUGCUUCAGCAGGGAAGAGAUACCAUUACUUUCAUGGUUGAGGGUCUGAAGAGGUUGAGUUGA